CCGUGGUUGGGCGGGAUCUUGUUCUAAUGGUUCUUUGCUUCGUUUCGUUUAUUCGUGCAAUGUCUGAGAGAUCGCGAGCGCUGGAGCGAAAUCCAACCGCAUUCGCAUCCCGGACGAUCGAUCCUUCGAUUUCAAGGAGAGAUCGGGUUUUCUUUAGACAGAUCUCAAGCGGAUGUUUUCGACUUCGUCGCGCUUCCUAUUGUGCAGGAUGCUAUGAAUGCCAUCAACGGUACGGUUCUUGCGUAUGGACAGACUGGUGCUGCAAUGACUUUCAGUAUGGAGGUAGGGUUUUCGCCUUUGUUCUUAUGGGUCAUUUCGUGGAGAGAACUGAUGACCCUGGCCAAGAGGGAAUUCUACUGAGGGUGGCACGAUGGAUUUUCCAGUACAUUCCAAAAUGUAUUAAGGUCUCGAGCAACUUCUAUUCUCUCCACCUAUUCACAAGCGAUAUAAUAAAUAUUAAAACCUUACCCUGGACAGCUUGA